AGAAGUUAUGCAAAUGUGAGUAUGUGAAGUGAAGAUCGUUAUCACGGGUGAUUGUGGCACAGCCCUCUUGAGGGUUGAGGGUCCUUCUGAUAUCUUCAAGAGGUGGCUGGCUUCUUCUAGAUGAUGGAGUGAAUACUAAUAUCUACACAAAUCUGUUAGGAUGCGACUCCUUUACCCCCAAGCGCAUAGCUUAAUAGAAUUCACCGUCCUAACGACUAACAAAUGUCCCUGUUGAGAGUUCAUCGAAUAGCCUCGGAAAACCCGCCCUGAACCCGUACCGGGGCGGGGUCAAGGAGGCUAAAAGCUGGCGAUCACCUCUUCCCGAGUGGCUAUGGCAACAUUGAUAGCCUGGGAGAUGUACGAGCAUAGUAUGGAUGGGAUUGGCUCGCCGCUAGAGCGACCCCUGAUUCUGCAAGACGAAGAAUUUAAUUAUCCCGGAGGUUCGGCAAGUUAUGCUCGGUUGCAAAAUGCUGUACUGGAUGUCACAAUCCAAAUUGCGCAAUAAAAUUAGCUGACGACAGUGCUUCUUAGCGUGUAGUAUAUAAGCAGACGCUUCAGCUGCUUUGGGACGUCGUGAUGCCUUGACUCUCGAUCACAGCUCACGUCUUUGACAUUAACCCGGGACAUCAUGAGACUCUUUCCUGUCUCGCAAGGACUGGCUAUCGUUGCGGUUGUAGUGACCAGCACAGCCUGGAGUGUAAGAGCAUUAGCCGAAGCAACAACCGGGAACCCUCUAGCUACGUCCGACCAGCAGGAGCUGGAUGCUCUUGCAAUCCAGAUCUAUCAAGAUUACCCGUUCACUGUCCUCAAGGGUGAGGCAAAGGUGGCCUACCAAACAGCUCAUGGAAUUCCAAUUAGUGAGGAGGCGGCCUCUAGUCUCGAUGCAGCCAUUGAGGAAUUAGUCUUCAGCGCCGUUCAGAAGGCUGUGAACAACGAUCCCUACCAUCCGAAGGUCUACUGGGUUGAUUCGGGUCCGCGUAGUUGGUUCGGACUGGAUGUUCCCGGCGGACGAUAUUCUUACGAUAAUCCCGACUGUAUCUACCGCACCAUUCCAAUCGACAACGAUGUCGAUUAUGUGGUGACAGGCUACCGCCACUCAGUCGGUCCCACCGAUGUGAGCUUCUCAUUGAUUAGCGACCCCAAUUCCCAGAACACCGUGGCCUACUUGGCCGGCAGCGAUUUGAUAGUGGACAGUGAUGGCUCGUAUACCAUCACCAUCAACAGCUCCGCUGCCGAUGGCCAGACAAAUCACAUCCAAUCUACUUCCUCCGCCGUGCAACUUCUGAUCCGCAACAACCUCGGGGAUUGGAACUCCGAAACGCCAGACAACAUCACGGUUCACGCUGUGAGCAACACCACCGGCCAUGGCGCCGUCACCAGCGCGAAGAUUAUCCGCGAUGCGAUAUGGAACCUGCAGGAAUCUAUUGUGGAUUACGGCGUCGGAGCACUCGGGCUCAAGACGAUGACGAACACCGUGAACACCCUCAAAGCCCCGAGUCAGUCCAGCUCCCUCGGUACUCUGACCAGCCAGGCGAGCUCCUUUGGCCAUUUCCACCUCACCGCGGAGGAAGCCCUCGUGGCCACCCUCACCUCUGGCGAGGCGGAUUACUUUGUCUUUCCAGUGACAAACCCUUGGAUGGUCACUGUGGAUCCCGGGAGUAGCCUGGUUAGUCUGAAUAGCAACCAGGCCGUCGCUAACGCCAAUGGGACGUACACAUUUGUCGUAUCCCUGGAUGAUCCUGGUGUCCAUAAUUGGGUUAACACUACCGGACUCCAUGAGGGUACUAUCAUGGUGCGCUGGCAAGGGCUGGACACCGCUACAUCGUCUGCGGACUCCCUUUCCAUUGAUGUCCAGGUGGUGGCACUGUCUGAUCUAGCCUCAGUCCUUCCAGAAGGGACCCAGUAUGUCACGGCCGAGGAACGCGCAGUGCAGCUCAACAAGCGCACUCUAGCUUAUUCCCAGCGAGUCGAGUAUUGAGAUGAUGCGCCGACUCUCGUUUUGUAUCACUGUUUCCCGCCUUCGUUCAAGACGGGGGUGUUCGCUGCGACCACCUCAGG